AUGCCUUCGGUACCAAGCGGAGCAGCAAGGAUGAGGGCAACAACCUCAGCAGGCCAUUCGUGGCUCCCUGCCCCGGUGUUCGCGCUGCCGGUUUUGGCGUGCCGUGGCUGGUGCCGGGCAAAAAGCGGGAGCCGGGUGCAGCGCACGCGUUGCGCUCUGCAGGCGGCAGCUGUGGAGGUGGAGACGGCUCUCGAGGUCUCUCCGGGCAAGGUGAAGGCUUUGCAAUCACUUCUGAAAGAUGUGCUUGAAGUCAAGCCCCCUCAGAAGCUGGAGACAUUUCUCCAAGUUUUGCAGGCGAGUGGCUACACGAUCCUUGGUGAAGAAAAUGACUGGCGGGAGAUCGGUGGUGAUCUUCACCCUUUCCUGUUGCCCAUCGCAACGAAAGGGGACUUUGACGAUGACCUGGAGGUUCUUGGACUCCUGAUCCGCACCCCGAAUGGCAAGCAACUGCGGCCCGACGAGUGGCAGGUGGUGACGCAGCAGCCACGCAAGACUAAAGUCGUUAAGCUGAUUGCUCUCGACAUCGGCAGGUUCAUCGUAAAGCAAGCUGAGGAGGCGACCUUCCGCAACGAGAAGCAGGACUUGCCCAUCAUCGAAAUCACAAGAGAUGUGUACGACGUACGUUUCAAGGGCGAGGACAGGAACGCGCUCGACAAGUGGCUGCUGCUGGAGGUGGGGGCUUUCCCCGACGUCUACAAGAACCUGGCCCUGGAGCACAUCAGCAAUGGGGAUGCCAUGACAGGCCUCGUCAUCGCAGACACCAUGCGAGAAACUUUCGGUUACACAUGGGCCUUUCCACAUGCGUUUGUCAGCGAGCUGCUCAACACCCAUUUCAACGGCAAGAAGGAAAUGGAAAAUCGAACGAUCGAGGGCAACCAUGUUGCUCAACAGUGCUUCACCAGCGGCUAUCCGCUUUGGACUCUGGAGGAUGACACAGAGGAGACUCUCAACGGACUGCUGGGCGCUGCACAGAUGCCUCAGCUUGGAUCGAUCUCCUCGUUGAGGGUCUUCUACUUGAAGCGCUCGACAGAUGAUCAGCGGCGAGCCGUCCGAACUGGGAGCGCUGUGACCGUCUUCCAAGUUCAGCCGGCAGAUCGUAGUUACGGCAGUGACGGGUGUUGGGCGAAGCCGAAGUUGACACCUCCAUGGACCUUGUACCCUGAGAAGGGAAGACAUGAGCGGCCAGGUGUCGAGGGAUUGCCAUUGUGCAGCGCUGAGCUUAGAUCCCAGGCGGACGGCUACGCGGGACAGAAUGAUGCCCUGGGAGAGCACCCAGAAGCUGAGAGCCAGAAUGUGAGGAAGGCCUCUCGGAGAACUCCGCGAACUCCGAAGGACAUUCCUGCAUCACCCGCGUCUCCCCAGCGGAAGCAUAUGGAUAGUGUGCUGCAAAGCAUGGAGAGCAGGUCUGGGGCACGCCAGAACACGAAGCACAUAACACGACCUGCGACGACUUCGAAGUGGAAAUUGGCCCGACUGGCUAUCGGUCCGGCCGCCGAUGAAUCUCAUUUGACGGAAAUGCAAAAAAUCUUGAAGAAAGUUACAGGCGAAUACACCAGUGUUACACAGAAGGAGGAUGUGCUGGAAGCCAUCAUGGCAGAAGCGGCUCACGCGAGCUACGAGUGUCUAGGACGCUACGAGAUGGAGCCUUCGUACACCACCCGUGUUGCCAUGAACACCGCCGCCAUGAAAGGCAAAACUGGGGAGAUAUACCGAAUCUGCCAGAAGAUCGGAGCGGCAGAUCUGGACGGUUUCCCGGACGAGGACGACCGGUUGGUGCAACGGCAUGGCCUGCGGGAGUUCAUGGCCCAGCCAGGGGAGAUCACCCUCCUACCACAGGAGCUCCUGGAGGGCCUGCGCUGCAGGCGCUUCUUUCUGUUCAUCGUAGCCCUCGGCUCCCAGCCGAACGCCGUCGCGGCAAUUUCUGCCGAGGGGGUUGUGCUGAUGCAGUCGAGGCUCCGGGGCUCGAAGACCACAGAGACCUCCGGGGAGACCUCCAUAACCUUCGACGACUCCGGAGAGAUCUCCUCAGAUUCGCUCGGCGCCCAUGGUGCCCGCUACAGCGACGACGACGAGUCCUGCACAGCCGAAGGGCUGAGUCCGGGAGUCUGCGCUUUGACAUCCCUGGCACGGCCUCGGCUCGUGAAGACCAGGCUUCGCAAGUCUGUGGCGGAUUGCGACGAGGAGGAGAGCCGUGCCAGGCUGGAGCGUGCUCUCGUUGCGGAGAUCGAGUCUGGCCUGGCUGGGAACCACUCGGCCUUCGAUGGCUCCCGGCUGCAGAAACUCGAGGAGGAUCUGCGCCCGCUCUAUGCCACGCUUCCUCACGAGUACCCGUUGGCCGACAUCGAGGGUGGACUGGGCCUUUCUUCUGCCCGGUACCUGCUGCACCAAUACUUCCUGCGCCAGCACUCGUGGUAUGUGCGUGGGUUGAAUCCAGCUGGAGACGGUCGCCAGCCUCCCGAUCACAAGGAAGCGCUGCGAAGUCGGGUGGCAGGGCAUCUGCUGCAAGUUUUGGAGCAGAAGGUGGGCUCCGGCUUGAAUCUCAAGACUUUGACGGUCUUCGUAGCAACGCUGGAGCAUCUGCUGCAUGGAGACGAGCGACAGCGUCUCAAGCAGAGCUGGUCCGUCCAUGACCUGAACAUGGAGGACGUCACAGAUGCAGCAGGCCUGGAGAGCGUGCUGGAGGUCUUCAUGGCCCACUACGUGUUCGUCAGCCAGAAGGCUGACAGCGGAUAUGCCCUAACGCUGGAGAAGGGACGCGAGGAGGUCGCCUUCGUGAAUCGCGUCUACGAAGGCUGGGGCAGAAUCCGCGAGUCCAUCGCCAGUGAAAUUCAAAAGCGAGUCUCCACAUCAGGCAACGACCUUUCCUUCGACGAUGCAGCCGCUGCCUCCGAGAAGGUGCUCGAGAGCUUCCGGGAGGUCUCGGGUUCGAUGUGUGCAAGCAUGGCUCAGUCUCUUGCUGCAUUGCCCGGCGGUGCAGACGGCAAGGUGGGCCUGGCAGCCAUGCGAAAGGGCGACCUCUUCCGAGAGACCACGGAGUACCUGCGUAUGGUCGGCGCCCUCGACGAGCAGAGUCCUUCCCCCAUGGUGCUGGUGCCCAAUUACAUGCUUUCGCCUUCCAACUGCGAUGGGACCACGAGCUUCUAUGACUUGUGCUGCCCGAACACCUGUGAAGGCCACAAGGCGCAGUUCGAGGCUGCGAUCGCGGAUGGCCGCGAGGCCGUGGAGGCCAUCAAAGCGCUGGCAGCUGAGAUCCGAGGCAAGCCACUCCCGGCUGCCGGUCUCAAGGCGCUCGAGGACCUCGCAGACGAUGGAUCAGUGAUGGUCCACGGCCGUCAGUUUGCACAGUGGCUUCACGAGACCUUCCCGGGCGAUUGCCCGCGUCCCCUGGCCGAGGAGUUCCCAAGUGCUGAGGCGGCUGUGCCGGAUUCGCACCGGGAGUUCCAAAAGGCAGCGCAGGUGGAGUCGCUCUUUGAGUGGUGCGGACUGGCACUGCCCCUGCAGCGAGGGAAGAAGGCAACCUUCACUAAAGCGCUGUCCGGCCUCAUGUCAAAGAACAACAUGAAGGUCUCUGGCGCUGUUGGCCAGGCUGCUGCUUCGGACCUGCUCGCCGAGCGUGGCUUUGUGUCUCGCUGUGGCGAAUGGUGUCUCAUCGGUCUCGUGAAUGGCCAGGGCAACCCAAAGGUGUCUGGUGCCCUGACGAUGUACGUGGCUCAAGAGCUGCCCAAAGCCAUCUUCCAGAACCCUGCUAUUGUUAGCAGCUUUCCGGAUGUGGCGAAGGGUUUGACCGACGCCUUCGCCAAGGUUCACACCGCUGCUGCCAUGCAACUGGACGUGACGCUCACAGGAGCCUCGGUGACAGUCGUUCUGCUGAACGCAGAGCACGUUUGGAUAGCCCACGUUGGUGACUGCCGCUGUAUUCUCGCGGUGCCGGACACCGCCGGCAACGCUCGUGAGUUCCACAUGCUCCCUCAACGCUUGACAGAGGAUCACAAGCUCUGCGUCAAGAAGGAGUUUGACAGGGCGAAGGAGGCCGGAGCCGAGGUCAGGAAGCUCGUCCACGACAAGGUGUGCCGCCUCUUUGUGGGCGAGUCGAGCUAUCCCAGCUUGGCUGUGACCCGUGGUUUGGGCCAUCGGCUAGGCCACACCGUCGGGGUGACGCAUAAGCCCAGCAUCUGCAAGCUGGUGCGCAAGGACCUUCCAGAAGGGAGUUACAUGCUCCUCGGGAGUGGAGGUGUGUGGGCGACAAUGUCCGACACCACUGCAGUCAAUUGGGUCAACAGGAAUUUGGAUGAUCCGCAGCAAGCGGCGAUGUCCCUCGCGCACGAAGCCAUGAGCCGCUGGCAGGCCGGGAACCAGAAGCCUGCCAAUUGCUCUCGCUGA